CUCAAACACACGCACUCUCUCUCUCUCUUUCUCUCUCUUUCGCAAUCCAAACCAAAUCUCGUCACACAAAUUUUUUUUCACUCUCUAAACCCUAGUUUCAUCCCUAAUUUUCAUCUCCAAAUCUUUCCUUAAAUUCGUUAAAUCUCAAUAUUUGCUCGAAUUUCAAGCAGAAUUUGAAUUUUCGCAUCGGAGUUUCGCCCUUGACCGAACGUGUUCGGUUUCGAAUUGACUUUUUCUUUCGCGAGCUUAUUUUGCUUGGGAUUCGAAGAACUUUUAUCCGACUUGUUUGAAGUGAAUUUUGGUUGAAAAUUGAGAAAUGUUUGGUGAAAUAAUUUGCUUUCCAUCCUUGGAAUAGGAGGCGUUGGAUAGAAAAGGUAUCUUUCUCAACAAUUUGGUACCUUGAUUCUGUUUCUUCUAUUGGACCAAAGGGUUUUCAUAGCAUUUAGUCAAGAUUGAAUUUUGAAGGAGCUGUCAUGGACUAUGCGCUUUCUGAUAGCAGUGGAACAGAUGAUGACCUUCCUCCUUCACAUCAGAAUAGGUUUCAAAGAGGGGGUCGCACUGCUGCUGGGAAUGGAAGAUCAGCAGUUGCAGGUUCCACUCCUUUGCCUCGAAUGCAUGGCGACAUGGAAACUCAAAUCCAUCUCAUUGAGCAGGAAGCAUACUGUUCAGUCUUACGGGCCUUUAAAGCUCAGUCAGAUGCUUUAACUUGGGAGAAGGAAAGUUUAAUUACUGAACUCAGAAAGGAGUUGAGAGUAUCAGAUGAGGAACAUAGGGAGCUUCUAUUGAGGGUUAAUGCUGAAGACAUCAUCCGUAGGAUAAGGGAGUGGAGAACCAUGAGUGGGCUCCAGCCUGGAAUGCUUAGUACCAGUCAGCCUCUUCAUGACCCUUUACCUAGUCCAAGUGUAUCAGGAUCACGGAAGAAGCAAAAAACAUCACAAUCUGUAGCUUCAUUAUCUAUGGGUGCACCAUCUCCUGCAUUACAUCCAUCUAUGCAACCAUCUUCAUCGGCCUUGAGACGGGGUCCUCCCCCAGGAGCAAAGAGCAAGAAGUCAAAAUCAUCGACACAGUACCCUUCCACAGGUCUUCCCGGAAGGCCACAGCCUCCUAAUCGUACUUCUUCAGGGGCCUUUGCAACAAAUGAACCUGCUGAAGCAGCACCAUACGAUCCAUUAAUUGGAAGGAAAGUUUGGACCAGGUGGCCCGAAGAUAACCAUUUCUAUGAGGCUGUUAUAACAGACUAUAACGCAGCUGAGGGGCGGCAUGCUUUGGUUUAUGAUAUUAAUACGGCAGAUGAAACCUGGGAAUGGGUCAAUCUCAAAGAGAUAUCUCCUGAAGACAUUAAAUGGGAAGGUGAAGAUCCUGGAAUAUCCCGUAGAGGUGGUCGCCCAGGACAAGGCCAUGGGGUUAAGAAGUCCAUGUCUCGUGGUGGCGGGGUUGCCGGAGCAGGAAGAGGUAGGGGGAGUCUAAAGGGUCAGGCCAAAAAGGAUUUUCCUUCGAAGCAAAAUGGUGUUGGAAAAAAGGUUUUGGGUGAUAUUGAGAUACUUCAUACAGAUACUCUAAUUAAGGAGGUGGAAAAAGUGUUUGGCGCUAGCCAUCCUGAUCCCAUAGAGAUUGAGAAAGCAAAGAAAGUGCUGAAAGAACAUGAACAAGCCCUAGUUGAUGCAAUUGCGAGGCUUGAAGAGGCAUCUGAUGAUGAAAGCGAUGGAGAGCAUCGAUUCUCACAAGGUCAAUCAAUGGAUCAAGAAAGAGCAUGGAGAAAACGGCAAUACGAUGAGAUGGGUGAAGGUAGGAUGAUUGAAGGGUCCGAUGGCAAUAAAUGACUCGGCCGAUGAGAGAUAGUCAGCAAAGCAAGAAUUGGGAGGGGUUAACGACUUGUGAUUUUAGCCGCAGCUUUUGUAUAUCCAGUAGCAGUAGCAACAACAACAGCAGUAGCAGCGUCGUCCACUUCGAGUGCUUGUAUCUUGUUUUAUCCUUUUGACCUUAUACCAAGCUAAGGUAAAUGACCUAUCUUUUUAGUUUAUCCGGUUCAUCGGAUUUAGUUUUAUUGUAACUUUAAUUUAAAACUCUAAUCUAGGGAAAUGCUUGUAUUAUGAAUCUUUUAGAUGCUUAGCUCAUAUAUGCCUGACCGUUUUAGAUGUUUUUUAAGUUAUUCAUUUUGUUUGCUUUGUA